AUGUCCCACCUCGUGGUGCGCGGCAGACGGAUCAACUGGACUCUGGUGCUGGUGCUGGGGUAUCUCUUUUACCUCCUCCUGGGGGCCAUGGUGUUCCAGCUGCUGGAGAAGCAGGCAGAGGCCCAGUCUCGGGACCAAUUCCAGCUGGAGAAACUCAAGUUCCUGCAGAACUACACGUGCUUGGACAAGCAAGCCCUGGAGCAGUUUGUGCAGGUCAUCCUGGAAGCAUGGGAGAAAGGGGUUAACCCAGAAGGAAACUCUACCAACCCCAGCAACUGGGACUUCAGCAAUUCUUUCUUUUUUGCAGGAACCGUUGUCACAACUAUAGGUUACGGUAACUUGGCCCCCAGUACGGUGGCUGGGCAGGUGUUCUGUGUGUUUUAUGCCUUGUUUGGGGUGCCGCUUAACCUGGCCUUUCUCAAUCAGCUGGGGAAAGGACUCAACGCACACCUGAUCAUUCUGGAGAGAUGGGUGCACAAGCCAGGCCGUGCUCGGGUAGUGCAGACGCUGGCAUUGUCCCUCUUUCUGACUGCCGGGACCUUGCUUUUUCUAGUAUUCCCACCUAUGAUCUUCAGUUAUGUAGAAGGCUGGAGCUAUGGAGAAGGCUUCUACUUCACCUUCAUCACCCUCAGCACCAUUGGAUUUGGGGAUUAUGUAGUAGGCACAGAUCCUAACAAGCACUACAUCUCGAUGUACAGGAGCCUGGCAGCAAUUUGGAUUGUUUUUGGCUUGGCCUGGCUUGCUCUGGUCUUUAACUUGGGAGCUGACCUGAUGGAAAAAUUCCUUCAGCUAAAGUGGCACAAGCCUGGCACAGCAGAAGAAGCCAUUACCAAGAUGGAGGAUGACCCUGAUCAACCCAGAAUCCACAUACCGAGCUGAGAGAGGCUCAUGGAGAGCACUUUAGAAAGAGCAAGGCUCUCCUGCUCCUGCCUCAUACACACCAAGCAAGCUUUCUGGGUAAGAGAUGGCUGGCUCUAAACCACAGGUUGCAGACUAUCUCCAAGGGAGAAGAUAUUUUCAGAAGAAAGGAAAGCCCUUCAUAGUGUAAAGGCAGCAGCUGAAUAAAAACCUUUGAGGGAGUGAAACUGUAAAACAAACAUCCCAGUAUUCAUCACUCACUUUCCACACAACGACCCCCUGGUGCAAGUUCCCCUGAAAUAAUUAAUUACCAUCCCUCUGAUUUGAUCUUUAGCUCCUGGAAUUGAAUUCUGUUGAUCUCUGGCGUUCAGAAAUCCAU